CCCUUUCUUUUCCUAUAGCUUCCAGCCAGCAGUACUCUGAGUCAGACAUCUAUUGAAACUGACACCUACAGGGUUAAACCUAGCUGCUGGAGCCACCCCUCCUCCCCCCAGCCCCUUUUCACUGUGGGCUGGCAGCUGUCCUAACUGCUUACUGAAGCCAAAUGCUUGAGGAGAGAGAAAGGAGCCAGCCAUGAACCCUUUCCAGAAAAAUGAAUCCAAGCAAACUCUUUUUUCACCUGUCUGCACUGAAGAGGUACCACCUAGACCUCCCAGCCCUCCAGAGAAGCCACCUCCGAAAAUCUGUGGUUCCAGCUACCCAGUGAGCAUCGCCUUCAUUGUGGUGAACGAAUUCUGUGAACGCUUUUCCUAUUAUGGCAUGAAAGCUGUGCUGACCCUGUAUUUCCUGUAUUUCCUGCAUUGGAAUGAAGAUACCUCCACAUCCGUAUACCAUGCCUUCAGCAGCCUCUGCUAUUUUACUCCUAUCCUUGGAGCAGCCAUUGCCGACUCAUGGUUGGGAAAAUUCAAGACAAUCAUCUAUCUUUCAUUGGUGUAUGUGCUUGGCCAUGUGUUCAAGUCUUUGGGUGCCAUUCCAAUCCUGGGAGGAAAAACAUUACAUACAAUUCUGUCAUUGGUCGGCCUGAGUCUAAUAGCUCUGGGGACAGGAGGUAUCAAACCUUGUGUUGCAGCUUUUGGUGGAGACCAGUUUGAAGAAAAACAUGCAGAGGAACGGACUAGAUACUUCUCAGUCUUCUACCUGUCCAUCAAUGCAGGGAGUUUGAUUUCUACUUUUAUCACACCUAUGCUAAGAGGUGAUGUGCAGUGUUUUGGGGAAGACUGCUAUGCAUUGGCUUUUGGAGUUCCAGGAUUACUCAUGGUAAUAGCCCUUGCUGUGUUUGCAAUGGGAAGCAAGAUGUAUAGAAAACCACCUCCAGAAGGAAAUAUAGUGGGUCAAGUUAUCAAAUGUAUCUGGUUUGCUAUUUCCAACCGCUUCAAUAACCGCUCUGAGGACAUUCCGAAGCGACAGCACUGGCUGGACUGGGCAGCUGAGAAAUAUCCAAAGCAGCUCAUUAUGGAUGUGAAAGCUCUAACUAGAGUCCUGUUUCUUUAUAUCCCAUUGCCCAUGUUCUGGGCUCUUUUGGAUCAACAGGGCUCACGAUGGACGCUGCAAGCCACCAAGAUGAAUGGGAAUUUGGGUAUUUUUGAGCUUCAGCCGGACCAGAUGCAGGGAAUGACCCAACCCCAGCCUGGUUCCCAGGAAGUUUUCCUCCAAGUCUUGAACCUGGCAGAAGAUGAGGUACAGGUGACUGUGCUAGGAAAUAGAAAUAACUCAUUAUUGAUGGAGUCCAUCAAACCCUUUCAGGAAUCAACACAUUAUUCCAAACUGCAUCUGAACACAAAAAGCCAGGAUUUCCACUUCUACCUGAAAUAUCACAAUAUGUCUGUUCACACUAAGCUUCCUAUGGAGGAGAAGAAUUGCUAUAGUUUGAUCAUUCAUGAAAAUGGGAAAAAUAUUUCCAGCAAGAUGGUAAAGAAUGUAGCAAACAAAACCACUAGUGGGAUGACAGCCAUCAGGUUCAUUAACACAUUGCAUAAAGAUGUCAACAUCUCCCUGGGUACAGAUAUUCUUCUCAAUGUUGGUGAAGAAUAUGGUGUGUCGGCUUACAGAACUGUGCCAAGAGGAGAAUACCCUGAAGUGCAUUGUAAAACAGAAGAUAAGGACUUUUUUCUGGAUUUGGGUCUCUUGGACUUUGGUACAGCAUACCUUGUUGUUAUUAAAAAUGUCACUGGUCAAGGAUUUGAGGCUUGGAAGACAGAAGACUUCCCAGCCAACAAACUGUCCAUUGCAUGGCAACUACCACAAUAUGCCCUGGUUACAGCAGCUGAGGUCAUGUUCUCUGUCACAGGACUUGAGUUUUCUUAUUCUCAGGCUCCAUCUAGCAUGAAAUCUGUACUCCAGGCAGCCUGGUUGUUGACAGUUGCCAUCGGGAAUAUCAUCGUGCUUGUUGUGGCACAGUUCAGUGGCCUUGUACAGUGGGCUGAGUUUGUUUUGUUUUCUUGUCUCCUGCUGGUGGUCUGUUUGAUCUUCUCCAUCAUGGCCUACUACUAUGUUCCUGUAAAGUCAGAGGAUAUUCAUGGGCUAGCAAAAAAGCAGAUUCCUCAUAGCCAAGGAAGCUUGAUCAACCUAGAGACCAAGAGUACAAAGCUCUGAUGACUCCCUGGACUGACCUCAAUUCCUGGCCUUGAUCUCAACCAUCAUUUAUCUUCAACCAUUUUUUUCUCCUACUGAGUAGGAGAAAGCUCAUAGAGAGGUAGUAUCAUACCUGAAUUUAUAGCCUUCAUCAUUCUUUCAUGACAGAGACAAUUCUGAAACUAGGUUUAUCUCCAUGAUUCUGUGUUUUCCUGGAUAGCAAUGAACUCAAUAAACCUUGCAUGAAGUUGCUCAAGCUGGCCUGAUGUCUCCAAAUGGCCAUGAAAACAUAAUGCAUAAUUGAGAUAAGUCUCAUUCCAUAUGCAAGGUUAUAGGAGAUUACUGCCUGCCCAAAUUCUUACCACUUAGAACUGACAAGUCUACUUUCAGAGGUACUGGUUUAGAAGCAAAAAUGCAGGGUAAGAGAUGUGCUAUUUCAAGUUUCUUUACUACCAAUAUUAUUGUGUUUUUCACAAGACUUCAAGAAUAAUAUGUAUGGUAUGAUCAGGUCCAGGGUCUGUCUUGUCAGCUAUUUAAGUCUGGUAUGAUCUUAGAUAGUAUAAGACAGAGUACUUUUAUUAACACAGAGAAGAUAUGCUUUUCUGAUUCCUACAGUAUUUUAUCUACUCACCUAAACACCUCUUUCAACACUGAUACAUCUUGAAAACCAUAUUAAAGAGAGUAAACAUAGUUGUAGUGAAUAAGAGCAAUAUAAAUUGUAGAACUCUUCACAAGCCAUUCAUUUUUCUUCAAUGCAAGGAACUAUGAUAUUUCUGUCCUGGUAUACCCUUCUGUGGGCAGCUUUGUAAGACAGUAACUAUAAUUUUGCAACCAGGCUUUUCAGUAUUGCCAAGGCAGCUUUAUUAUUAUUAUUACAUUUUUGAUCUUGCUUAUUGCAACAAUUCUUCAAUAACAAAGUACUCUCAAGAGUUCAGCUUCCUUUUUACAUUCUUCCAGUGAGCCUCAAAGUAGAUUGGUUUUGCAAUGUUUUCCUGCUUACUUUUCCCAUAGUUUUUAAUGGCCAUUUCUUCCUUUAGUCUUGGAAAUCUCCUGUUUAUUCCAAAAGGAUACUACUAAUGCUCUAAGUUUAAGGCUCUAAAUGGUAGUUUUCAAUACAACAGAAUUAUCCUGCAUUAGGAUCCUAUUAAAAUCCGUGUGAGAGUGAGGAGUACAGGCUGAGGGAUAUCUGUAUAUGUGAAUAAAAAACGUUGGGAGACAUUACCUAGCAUGUAAUGAGUGAAUUAAGAGGACAGAGCUUGGCACAAUUGUGCAAUGUGUUGCUAACAGGAAAAAAAUGCCCAGACUCCCUACAUGAGAGCCUUACUUCCAUUUGUCUUCCUUUGUUAAUCUAAUUCAGAACAGUGCUGUUAAGUCUCGUAUUGCUAAUAGUGUAACAGGUACGAGAAUUUGUUUUCCCCCACUCCAAGCUUUAUAUAUUUUAUUUCUAAUGACCAAGGUUUAAAGACCAAAAGUGCACAAGCAGUAACAACACUACUGAGUUUCUGCAGGUACAUUGAUGUUUUAACCUAGCCUUACUCCUUUAGAAGAUGAUCUGUUCAUUUUUAACCCAAACCAUUUUAUGAAGUUUGUUGUAAGAGGUAUUAAUACUGUUUGUGAAUAAAAAUGUUUAUGGACAAAUACAUAUGGGAAAUGUAGCAUACUCUGCUUUUCAUCAUAUUUUCUAUUAAAGACUGAGUAUGGUAAGUCA